AUGCGUCUCAUCACCUCAUCUCGAUCAAUUUUCACGUCCAUUUUCUUCUUGGUCAUCAUUUUGUUGAUUAGUUCGAUUCAGUCGUAUCGAUAUGAUUUCCCUGAACAGGAUUUGCAAGCGGCUCUCCGACCGUAUUCGAACUUCGGCAAACGAUCCGGAUUCUACACCCUGAACAAACAUUUCAACUAUCGAACGUGGAAACGACCGGAUGCCUCAUGGUCGAUUACAGAU